AUGGAAGAUCUUAACACAUUUGCAGCUGACUGCAUCGUUGUAUCAUGUUGUUGCAACUGUCUUUUUCUACAAAUCGCGAUCUUCAUCUUCCUUGGACUUCCUCAAAAACUGAUCAAGAACACAAGAAAAUGUUACAGAGAAUGGGGCAUAAAAGGAAGAACAAAAAGAAUGGGGAUCGAUUGUGAACGUCGAGGAAACUCCGCGGUUGAUUGGGGAUGGAGUAAAGAGACUAUGAGUAUAGAGAUGGAGGACUUUGGAUGUAUUGGAGAAGUUGAAGAGGCUUUAGAGGAGUUUUCAAAGAAUGGUGAGUUUUUGUUUGGAAGCUUCUGGGGAACAGAGAGGGUUCAAAAUUCUUUGUCUAUGUCUAGUUAUGUUGAUGACAACUUUGACUUAAGAUUUGUUAGUCGUUAUGAGAUAGUCGAAGAAAAUACUCCUUGGAUUAUAUGUUAACAACAACUUCACAUAUUGAAAUUAGUUGAAAUAAAAAUAUUUUCUAGGGUUUUGUUGUUUCAGUAUAUUUUUGAUUCUACUGUUAACAAAUGAUAUGUUUUGUGAAAAUUUAUAAUAUACUAGAUCCUUUUCCCAGGCUACUCCUGGGUUAUUUUGUAGGAGAAAAAAC